AUGAGCAGAGUUUUGCGGUUGGAUGGAGAUCUAUUAAGAGCAACCGUAAACGAGUUGUCAAGAGUUACUGAACUUAGAGGAAUACCAUUUUCUAGGUUUACUGAGCUUAAUCGUAUAAUCAAAGGUUUUCGUACUCAAGAAAUGACAGUUUUGUCAGGAAAUACUGGUGUUGGUAAAACGACUUUCAUGUGCGAGUACUCGCUUGAUUUGGCUGAACAGGGAGUUCCGACACUUUGGGGUAGUUUUGAAAUGCCUCUGCGGAAAGUGUGUAAGACACUAGUCCAACAGUUCGCAGGUGAGCCACUAGAUCCUCCUAUACCCAGCAGAAUCGCUGAAUGGGCACGUAUGUUUAGCGAAAACAUUCCUAUAUAUUUUAUGAACUUACAUGGGGCUCAAAGUUUGACAGAAGUAUUAAAGACUAUGGAGGUUGGUGUCAAAGAUUCUGGCGUAGAACACAUAGUUAUCGAUAAUUUACAAUUUUUACUAGGCGCCGGUGAUGGUGCUUUCGUGGAACGUUUUCAGCGUCAAGACCACUAUGUACAAGAAUUACGUGCUUUUGCCACUGAAAAAGGUACACAUGUUACAAUCGUCGCUCAUCCUCGAAAAGAAGAAGCUGGUCGUCUACUUUCAAUUAACAGUUUAUAUGGUGGUGGUAAAAUUUCUCAAGAAGCAGAUAAUAUCAUGUUCUUGCAAGUAGACUCAUCUACAUCGAUCCCUAAGAAAUAUUUACAGGUAGUUAAAAAUCGUUACGAUGGAACUUUGGGUUGUAUGGACUUGAAUUUUCGAAAAGACCGUCUUUCUUUCCGACCACGACCACGUGAACUAGUAAUCCCAACAAAAGCAACAACGUUUCCAAGGAUAGUUGGUUACGAUUAA